GUUUGCAAGGUAUUCAGUGUUGCUCUAGAAUGAAAAUAAGAAAUUGUGGCAAGAUGGCAACCUUUUCUCAUGCUUCCAAAGCUUCAGCUGGAAUUCAGGAAAUUAUUUUAAUCAUCUGCACAGAUGUGAAGGAACUAAACUUUUAGCUGGCAAUGUGUCUGGGCCUGCAUUUUUAACUGUUGUGUUUGAGAGACAUAUUCUGUCUGUUUUCAGCACUCUGUCACCAUGUCGGUGUUCUACAAGUUUGCCUCGUCCACCGAGGUGAACACAGUGGUGUUUGAUGGCGUGCACAUCUCGGUGGCCGACCUCAAGCAGGCCAUCAUGGACCAGAAGAAGCUGGGCCGUGGCACAGACUUUGACCUGAUUGUCACCAACUCUCAGACCAGCGAAGAGUACAAGCAGAACGACAUGCUGAUACCGAAGAACACGUCGCUGGUGGUGAAGCGCGUGCCGGCGGCGAACGGCGCUCCCGUCAAGAAGUUCUGGGAUCCGAACGCCCCCAAGAUGGCCACCAUCACGCCGUCGUUCGCCGCUUCCGUGCUGCCGCCGCCGGUGGCGUCAGUGGAAGCCGUCUCCGGAUCGUCCGUCUUCGCUGGGAGCGACCUGACCAAGAUCGGCGGCUCGGAGGAGGACAAGAUCAAGCACAUGAUGUCGCAGUCGACCAGCCAGUACGACCCGUCCCGGUACGUCAAGUACAAGGGCCAGCACUUGCUGACGCCGGCGCCCAGCAGCCACAAGUGCUACCGCUGCUUCAACUUCGGCCACUAUGCCCAGAACUGCCCGCUGGCCGCCGCGGAGGUGAAGAAGGCGACCGGCAUCCCUCGCAGCUUCAUGGUGCGCGUGGACGACCCCAAGGUGCCGGGCGCCAUGAUCGCGCCCGACGGCAGCCUGGCCGUCCACCGGGUGGACUACUCGACCUACAACGACAAGCAGCAGGGGCGGAUGGACACGCCGCCGCCGAGCACGCGGCCACCGGUGCCGGACGACCUGCGCUGCACGCUGUGCCGCGACCUGAUCCGCGAGGCCGUCACCUCGCCCUGCUGCGGCGAGAACUUCUGCGACGAGUGCCUGCGGACGGCGCUGGUCGAAUCGGAGAACAGCGAGUGCCCGUCCUGCCACCAGCCGGACGUGUCGCCCGACAACAUCAUCCCCAACCGCUUCAUCCGCAAGCGCGUCGUCAAGUUCGAGAAGGAGACGGACUACUGGGAGCUGGCUGCCCGUGAGCGGGAGGUGGUGGCGGCUGCCGCCCCACCGGCGCCGCCGCCGCCGCCGCCGCCUGUCCGCGCUUCGCCACCGGCGGUGGCCACGCCUCCGCCACCGCCGCCGCCGCCGGUGCAGGAGGCGGCCCCGCCAGCGCCCAGCGUCCCGACGCCGCCUCAGGAGCCGGCACAGGUGUCCCCUGCGCGGUCGCAGCCCCGUUCACCGUCGCCCGGCGCGGGGAGUAGCCUGGCCAACAGCUUGGCGGCCAUCCUGCCCAGCGGCCCAGUGGACGACCCGCUGGCCGAGUUCAACCGGCUGAUGCUGCAGAAGGACCUGCGCGACGGCCGCGCCAAGCGGCGCUCGUUCUCGCCUGUAGCGCCGCGAUGUAAGCGAGGUGCCAGCUCUUCGUCGCUCUUCGCCGAGCGCGGCCACUUUGGUGGCGGCGACAAGUAG